AUGACGUGUGAAUCAUGUGUCGCAGAUAUCACUGGGGUGUCGUACCGCCUGACGCAGGGCGUCAUCAAGCACAUUAUCCCGGCGGUGGCGUCCACGAACGCCGUGAUCGCCGCGGCGUGCGCCACAGAGUGCCUUAAGGUCGCCACGCAAGUCGCGCACCACAUGAACAACUACUGCGUCUUCAACGACGCUGACGGCAUAUACACCUAUACUUACGAACACGAGAAAAAGAGCACUUGUUUGGUGUGCGGCCAGGUGCCACAAGAGCUGUCCAUGGCUCCUACAGACUCCCUACAAAAUCUAAUUGACAAAUUGAAAGAUUCUCCGCAGUAUCAAAUGAGCAACCCUGGUAUUCAAGCGAUGAUAGAAGGCAAGACUAAGUCCCUGUAUCUGCACUCGCCUGCAUCUAUAGAACAAAAACUUAGACAAUAUCUUAAAAUAUCUUUAGCUGACUUGGGCCUGAGUGACGGAGUGCAGCUCGUGGUCGCCGACGUCACGUCGCCAAAUUCGAUCAUUUUUAACCUGCGACUCAGUCUCCCUAUGGACGUGUCAUAACCACUAGCUUAAUAUAUAUUCAAUAUAA